UUAAGUGAAGCUCUGGCUGGCUAGCUGUGCUUUAAUACCUUUUCUUUCAGUUAGUGACUCAAACUCUCGGGACUCACUCACAGACACACACCCCCAUUCAACCUCCAUCUAUUUUUCACAAUUUCUGCCUCCCUCCCUGUCUCUCUCUCCCAAUCUCCUUCUCUCCCCUCUCGCGUCCACCUCUCUCUCGCUCUUUCCCUGCUCUCUCCGCGCUCUCUUUCUCAGACCUCUCUGGCUGAAGCUGUGGUAAAUAGAUGGCAGCGUGAGACCAGAGGAUGAUAAGGCUUUCCUGCCUGUAGAGUCAAUGCCAGAAGUAGAGUCAGACGGGCACCUGUGGUCACGUAUCGGACUACCUCUCAGUGUUUCAGACUUUACUUCACUGCCCAGUGUCUGCAUGGCAUGCAAAGCUGGAGCUUGAAGUAAGCAGCUCCUCAUUAGGCACAGAAACCCUCUAGACGGAUUAAGGGAAUAAUGAAGAAAGAAGUAAACUGAAGAGUACUGACUGAAGAGAUCCUACAAAACAAUGAAUGCCACGCACCAGCAUCACCAUGGAUCAUUUCACCUAUGGAACCACAGCUCUGGAGCUCCGCCUCUUAGCCAUCAGCAGCAUCAGGCCGGGGCGGAGAGACACCAUGGUUCGUCUGGGUGUUACGAGCAGCUGCUCAUCUCCACCGAGGUCUUCCUCACGCUGGGCAUCGUCAGCCUGCUGGAGAACAUCCUGGUCAUCGCCGCCAUCAUUAAGAACAAGAAUCUGCACUCUCCCAUGUACUUCUUCAUCUGUUCCCUGGCCAUGGCCGACAUGCUGGUCAGCGUCUCCAACGCCACAGAGACCAUCGUUAUGGCAAUGAUCACCGACGGAAAUUUGGGGAUUGGUGGCGGCGUGAUCAAGAGCAUGGACAACGUGUUUGACUCCAUGAUCUGUAGUUCCCUGCUGGCGUCUAUCUGGAGCCUGCUGGCCAUCGCCGUGGACCGUUACGUGACCAUCUUCUACGCGCUGCGCUACCACAACAUCAUGACCACGCGCCGGGCCGCCGCCAUCAUCACCAGCAUCUGGACCUUCUGCACCGUGUCGGGCGUCCUCUUCAUCGUCUACUCGGAGAGCACUACUGUCCUUAUCUGCCUUAUCAUCAUGUUCUUCAGCAUGCUGGUGCUCAUGGCCUCGCUGUACGUCCACAUGUUCAUGCUGGCACGCCUGCACAUGAAGAGGAUCGCCGUUCUGCCGGGCAACGGCCCCAUCUGGCAGGCAGCCAACAUGAAGGGGGCCAUCACCCUCACCAUCCUCUUGGGGGUGUUCAUAGUGUGCUGGGCUCCUUUCUUCCUCCACCUCAUCCUCAUGAUCUCCUGCCCUAGGAACCCCUACUGCGUGUGCUUCAUGACCCACUUCAACAUGUACCUCAUCCUCAUCAUGUGUAACUCUGUCAUUGACCCGCUGAUCUACGCCUUCAGGAGCCAGGAGAUGAGGAAAACCUUCAAGGAGAUCUUCUGCUGUUGGUAUGGUCUCGCCUCUCUGUGUGUCUCUCUGUGUGAAAUGCCCAGCAGAUACUGAAUCUUAUGGAGAUACUGCAUGUGAACUGUUUAGGGAGAAUGUGAACAGUUUAAAAGAAACAUAAUUAUAUUAUUUGUAAAUAAGGACAUAUUUUUGUCUUGCCUCAUGAUCCAAAUAAGAAUUGCAAAAUUGUUUAACAUACCUAAGGUAACUACAGGUAACUGCCAAAAUAAUGGAAACACCAACAUAAAGUGUCUUACUAGGUUGCUGAGCCACCACGACACACCACGAGCCACCAGUUUCAAUGCGCCUUGGCAUAGAUUCUACAAGUGUCUGGAACUCUAAUGGAUGGAUGCGACACCAUUCUUCAUGAGAAAUUCCAUAAUUUGGUGUUUUGUCGAUGGUGGUGGAAAACUGUCUCAGGCGGCGCUCCAGAAUCUCCCAUAAGUGUUCAAUUGGGUUCAGAUCUUUUGAUUGAGACGGCCAUAGCAUAUGGUUUACAUCGUUUUCAUGCUCAUCAAAUCAUUCAGUGACCACUCGUGCCCUGUGGAUGGGGGCAUUGUCAUCCACUCCCAUCAGGAUAGAAAUGAUUCACCAUAGGUUGACGGUAAUCACUAUUUAUUGGCGUUUACCUUGGGUUGAGUGGACCUAAACCAUGCCAGGAAAAUGCACCCCACACGAUAACCGAGCCAUUUACUCAAGUGUUUCCAUUAUUUUGGCAGUUUCCUGUACAUGUAGAUAGAUUUAUCUCAAUAUCAAAAAAAUUGUCAACAAAUGGCAUGGCUAUCAGUACAUGGAGAUGUUUGGGAAUUGUUAGAUACUGUCUUGCUGUUUGCUCUCUAACACCCUGAGAAUAUUUAGAAAGACAGGAAGAGAUAUUGCUAUGAAAUAUUGAUUCCUUGAUAUGUGCAAGUACAAUGCAUCACAGUGCUGUAGUCUUUGCAUGUUAUUUAGGAUAAUAACUUUCCAAAUGCAGUGAGCUCCAAGUAUUGGGACAGUGUCACCUUUUUGUUGUUGUUUUGGCUCUGUACUCCCGCACUUUGGAUUUUAAAUGAUACAUUGACUUCGAGGUUAAAGUGCAGACUGUCAGCUUCAUUUGAGUGUAUUUACAUCCACAUUGGGUGAACUGUUUAGAAAUUACACCACGUUUUGUACAUAGUCUCCCCAUUUUAGGGGACCAAAAGUAUUGGGACAAAUUCACUUAUGAGUAUUAAAGUAGUCAAAGGUUUAGUAUUUGGUCCCAUAUUCCUAGCGCUAUAUUAGGCCAUACAGUUACAAGGAUAGACCUCAUAUUGAAGCUUAUAGAGACCCCAACUGAUGUAUGGAACACAAAUGUUUGGUUUAGAUACAAGCAUCAUGAAACCUCUAACACAAUACAUUCAGUUGGCUUGGUGAAACCUAACUUGCUUACCAUUUUUUCCGUGUGGUUUCUUCCUUCACAGACUUCAUGAAAUUAUGACCUCUUCCUAAAUAUUUGGUCAAAUUAUAAAUUUUGUGUAUGGUUUCCUUGAAACCAAGGGUGGCUCAAUUUACCCCUUUGGCUCACCCUCAUGAAAAAGUACUACUGAAUUACUGUACAAAACCUAUUCAUGCAGUAUUUAUUAUGGAUCCCUUUAGCUGCUGCCAAGACAACAGCUACUCUUCGUGGGGUCCAGCAAAAUGAAGGCAGUUAUACAUUUCUAAAAACAUUACAAUACAUUCAAAACAGAUUUCACAACAUAUUUAAGUGUGUGUCCUCAGGCCCCUACUCUACUACCACAUAUCUACAACACAAAAUGCAUGUGUGUGUAUAGUGUGUAUGUUAUCGUGUUUGUAUGCAUGUGUCUGUGUUUCACAGUCCCCGCUGUUCCAUAAGGUGUAUUUUGUAUCUGUUUUUUAAAUCAAAUUUUACUGCUUGCAUGAGUUACAGUCGUGACUAUGUAAAGACUUGUAGUGAAUGUGUAGUUUAUGCACUACUCAAGAUACACAAGUAGAAUUUUGUAGUGUUCAGUAGGAAAACAGUAGUAGUGUUUCUAGUAGUAAUCAGGUAGAGAUUUUCACUACUUGAUGUUAGUAGUAAAAAAACUACAGCUUUUCUACACAAGGUUUUCGCGACCGCAGGAGACAAAACAGGAAGUAGUUUGGUUGUUAGCUAUCUACUGUUUUUGACAAUCCUGAAUGUAAUCAUCUUCCAUCCUUCAUAAUCCUGUCUUUCAUAUCCCUUAUGCUGGCACCAUAUGUAAGGUUAACUUUCCUUUAUGGUUUAUAAAUACUUUAAUGUCAUUUAUAUAACUUUUUACCAGAUGAAAAAGAUUGCUAGCCAAAAUGGCCUUGUUUGUUAGCCCCAUUGAAAUGGACUGUAGCUAAGUAGUCUGUGUUUUCAUCAUGCUAGCUAAUUUGUAUGUGUUUGUAUGCAAAUGUACAGUAUGUUCAUAUUGUUAUACUUACCCAUUCUACUUACCUCUUUUGACCUGUUGCCAAAGAAGCCCUUGACAUACUGUAAGAAGACUGGAGGCCAUUGUUUGUAAGAUUAACAUUGUUAAUCAAAUGUUUUUAUGUGUUGUCUUAUGGGACCUUUAUUAGCAGAUGAUGAAUAAUGAAUAAUGAAAAUUAUGUACUUUUUACUCCAUACAUUUUCCCUGACACCCAAAAGUACUUGUUACAUUUUGACAGGAAAAUGGUCCAAUUCACGCACUUAUCAAGAGAACACCCCUUUUCAUCCCUUCUGCCUCUGAUCUGGUGGACACACUAAACACAAAUGUUCUGUUUGUAAAUUAGUGUUGUAGUGUGCCCCUGGCUAUCUGUAAAUAAAAUUUA